CCUCAAAAUUGGUCACGUCACGUCACAUGAGCGAACCGAAAGAAUUUGACAUGGAAAGAAAAUUGCAAUACGAUACAGCUCUUUUGCAAUAAUUUCGUAUAGUAUAUGUAACUUCAUAAAUCAAAGUGAAAGUAAAAAUCAAGUUCAAUAACAAGGACAGUGUUAUCAGCCAGUCUUACAUUUAUGAAUUGUCGUUUUUUUAUAAUUACAAUUUGUUAUCGGUCAUUUGCGUAAGAGUAAAAGAAAGUUGGUUAAAUAGUACCGUUGUAGGUCAAUGGUAUGAUUCGUUCACUUCGGUAACGUGUAGAUCUGACGUCGACAGCAAACGAGUAGCGGGCGAGACGGUGGGGUCACCAGUCUGUAUAGAUCGGCGCAAGGUGCAGACGUACGUGCGUAAAGUACUCUUAAAUUAAACGUGUAUCUGUAACCGUGAAAUAUAAUCCCUUUAAAUCAUGUCUGCAAAAGUCCAUAAUGUAGGCAUUCUUGCCAUGGAACUUUAUUUUCCUUCACAAUACGUGGAUCAAGUGGAUUUAGAAAAAUUCGACGAAGUCGGCACGGGUAAAUACACAAUUGGUCUCGGACAAAGUAAGAUGGGCUUCUGUUCUGACAGAGAAGAUAUAAACUCUAUCUGUAUGACAGCUCUACAUAGACUUAUUGAGAAGAACGACAUUAAUUUGCAUGAUAUUGGCAGACUUGAGGUUGGUACUGAAACAAUUAUUGAUAAAAGCAAAAGUGUGAAGACCUUUUUGAUGACAUUAUUUGCCAAAGAAGGAGCCACAGAUAUAGAAGGUAUUGACUCAACAAAUGCUUGCUAUGGAGGUACUGCAGCACUUUUUAAUGCAAUUAAUUGGGUAGAAUCAUCGUCAUGGGAUGGUAGAAAAGCUAUUGUUGUAGCUGGGGAUAUAGCGGUGUAUGGUAAAGGACCAGCUAGACCAACUGGUGGUGCUGGAGCUGUGGCUAUGUUAAUUGGCCCUGAUGCCCCCUUAGUCUUUGACUGUGGUGUCCGUGCAUCAUAUAUGACACAUGCUUAUGACUUCUAUAAGCCAGAUUUAGCUUCUGAAUUCCCAUAUGUUGAUGGAAAAUUGUCCAUCAAAUGCUACUUGAGUGCUCUAGAUAAUUGUUACAAUCUGUUUUGUAAGAAAAUGAGGAAGGAAAACCCUGAUUUUAAGGGUUUAUUAAGUUUAGAUGGUAUGUUAUUCCACUCUCCUUAUUGUAAAUUAGUACAAAAAUCUCUGGGUAGAGUUUGCUUCAAUGAUUUCCUUAAUGCAUCAUCUGCGGAGCGUGAAAAGCAAUUCCCUGGGCUAUCACAGUUCAACAAUCACAAAAGGGAGGAAACAUAUUUUGAUAGAGAUUUAGAGAAGGCAUUCCUGACUUACAGUGAAAAAUUAUUUAACGAGAAAACAAAACCUUCCCUGCAUGUUGCCAGGAAUGUGGGAAAUAUGUAUACACCAUCAUUGUAUGGUGGCCUGGUGUCAUAUUUGGUUAGCAAGUCACCAGAUCAAUUGAUUGGUAAGAAGUUUGCUCUGUUUUCAUAUGGCUCUGGUCUUGCAUCUACAAUGUAUUCCAUUAACAUAUGCAAAGAUAUGAGUGUUGGGUCAAAGUUGGAGCGCUUAAUAAACUCAUUGAAUGAAACAGUUGGAAUGCUCAACAAGAGACAAUGUGUUGAACCACAAGUGUUCUCCGACCUUAUGGAUGUGAGAACACAGAAUUACCACACUGCACCUUAUGAGCCCUCUGGGCCAACAGAUGUCUUGUUCCCAGGCACAUACUACCUGGUGCGGAUAGAUGAACAAAGAAGACGUACAUAUGAAAGGAAGCUUUAAUUAACAGGCAUUUAAUUUCUAUAGCAUUUGGUGUAGGAAUUUAUUUCAAUUAUAACUAAAGCAUUACCAAAUGAUGUUACAAUAGUGAGCUUAGAUAUUCCAACUUGUGUUUGUUUUUUAUUUAUUUAUCUGUUGUAUGAUUGGGACAUAUUAUAUUAAAAUCUUUGUGGACACUACCUUAAGGUAACUUAAUUUAGGUAGAAACUGUUUGGGUAUGGAAAUGUGGAACAUUAAUAUUGUGCAAUAUUAAGCAUGGUUGUGGGGAAUGAAUAAUGAAAAUUCUCUCAAUCUCAAUGUUAUUUUGUUAAUUGAAUAAUUUAGUAUUUAUUUAUAUUUGUAUGGCAGGGUUACGGACUCAGGGAGUCUAAAUAUAAAUAAUGUUGUGAAAUAAAUAGGCAACAAAUUUCCUUCCAAAUUAUUAUGUUAUCAGCAAAGCAUCACAAAUAUAAUUGAAGUCACAAGAAGCCUUAGAACUAAGAUACUUAUAGACUUGAGCUGUAAUAUUAAAAAUAUUGUAAUUAUCAAUAUUGACAGGGAAUUUUAAUUGCUAUUAAUUAGUAAAAGACAUUAAUUACAGAAUUAAUAAAAGAAAUGUGGUAAUUAAAAUGUAAUU